UUUAGCAAAGAAUCAUUCAGGACAGAUUGAGCACAUUUGAGGUUUAGAGACACAGGAAAAGACAUCUCGCAAGUUUUUUGGUAGAGGAGAACUGUUUGUGGCUGUCAGGAAAGAUCUCAACAGAUAGUCUAUUUCUAAACUGCGGUUCACUUCCUCUUCGUGCAUUCUGCCCAUUUGACUUCACUACAGCGCAUGGAGAUCAUGCGAUGUUCAUUGUUUUUCUUGUGAAGAGUGAUGCGGUUGUCAGUCAAACGGGUAGUUGUACUCCUGCUAACCGUGUUCGGAGCGUGGACUCUUACUAGGACUUUAUAUCGAGUGCUGGCAUGCCAAGGAGAGCUUCCCAGAACUCAUAUGGUGUCUGUACGGUCUCGAAACUGGAACCAGACACAGUAUCGGUAUAAUCAGAACACCCCAAUAGUGUUUGUGGGUGGUGUUCCACGAUCAGGGACCACUCUGAUGCGUGUCAUGCUCGACGCCCACCCUGACAUCCGCUGCGGGGAGGAGACGCGGGUGAUCCCUAGGAUGCUGGCCCUGCGGCAGGCAUGGGGAAGGCAGGACUCGGGCGAACGCUGGGCUCUGGAGGACGAGGGAGUCAGUCAAGAGAUGCUGGACGCUGCAACCACUGCCUUCCUCCUGGAGGUCAUCGCACGUCAUGGAGAACCCGCACGAGUGCUGUGCAAUAAAGACCCCUUUACACUGAAGAGCGCAGUUUAUCUGUCACACAUUUUCCCCAACUCGAAAUUCCUGCUAAUGCUCAGAGAUGGUCGAGCGUCAGUUCACUCUAUGAUCUCCAGACGAGUGACUAUCUCUGGCUUCAACCUGUCCAGCUACAGGGACUGUCUGACUAAAUGGAGCAAUGCUAUUGAAGUGAUGCUCUCCCAGUGUAUGGCUGUAGGCCAAAGACGGUGUAUGGUGGUCCGCUAUGAGGAUCUGGUGCUGCAGCCACGAGCCACCAUGCAGCGUGUGCUUCAUUUUCUCAAAUCCCCGUGGCAUGAAGGGGUGCUUCACCAUGAGGAGGCCAUCGGACGGCCAGGAGGGGUAUCACUGUCUCGAACCGAACGCUCCACGGAUCAAGUGAUCAAACCAGUUAACCUGGAAGCUCUCACACGAUGGGUCGGCCACAUCCCAGCAGACGUCCGGGUGGACAUGGAGAAGAUCGCUCCAAUGCUCCGUAAACUGGGCUACAACCCCAACGCCAAUCCCCCAGACUAUGGUCCACCAGAUCCCGAAGUGAUCAACAAUACUCAAAGGGUAUUGAGAGGAGAUUUUAAAACUCCUACAAACCUGAAAAGAUGGGCACAAGUAUCUCCAAAGAUAAAUUCUAAAGGAGGAAGAAACUGAACAGCGUUCUGCAUUGAUUGCAAUAUGUUC